AUGGAAGGAGGGAAACCGAAACUUGGUGGGUUGAUGGAUCCUCGACAGGGUUGUGUAGAUCGUAGUUCUAUCUGUCAAACAUGUAGUGGUAAUGUGUCAUCCUGUCCAGGACACUUUGGUCAUGUGGAACUUGCAAAACCGGUCUUCCAUAUUGGCUUCCUUAAAAAAACUAUGAAGGUUCUACGCUGUGUCUGUUUCUAUUGUUCGAAAAUUCUAGUUGAUGUGCAGUCGUCAAGAAUCCAAGAGAUAUUACGCAAAACAAAAGGUGAUAACAGACGAAGAAUGUCUUUUAUGUAUGAAGAGUGCAAGACACGCACUGAGUGUAUAUCCAAUGAUGAUCAAAUUCAAAGCGAAAAUGAUGUCAGCCUUAGUAGUAAAGUUAAGCGCUCUGGUUGUGGACGUUAUCAACCUCGUUUCCGUCGUAAUGGACUUGAGCUUACUGCUGAGUGGAAAAAAGUGAAUGAGGAAUCACAAGAACGGAAAAUUAAUUUGACUGCUGAACGUGUAUUAGAAGUUUUCAAGCGUAUGUCAGAUGAAGAUUGUUUAUCUCUUGGGUUUGAUCCACGUUAUGCACGACCGGAUUGGAUGAUUGCCACUGUUCUGCCGGUCCCUCCUUUAUGUGUCCGUCCUGCCGUUGUGAUGUAUGGAGCCACUCGUAAUCAGGAUGAUUUAACACACAAGCUUGCUGAUAUAAUAAAAGCUAACAAUCAGCUCCGUCGAGACGAACAAAAUGGUGCAGCAGCCCAUAUAAUUGUUGAAGAUAUCAAAAUGUUGCAGUUCCACGUCACAACUAUGGUCGAUAAUGAGGUUCCUGGGUUACCUAAGGCAAUUCAGAAGUCUGGACGCCCACUGAAGUCUAUCAAACAACGACUCAAAGGUAAAGCUGGUCGUAUUCGAGGUAACCUCAUGGGAAAACGUGUUGACUUCUCAGCUCGUACUGUCAUCACAGCCGACCCCAAUCUCAAUUUAGAUCAAGUGGGUGUUCCACGAACAAUAGCUCAAAAUCUAACUUAUCCCGAAAUAGUUACUCAAUUUAACAUAGAUCACUUACAAAAGCUGGUACAGAAUGGAACCCUCUAUCCUGGUGCUAAGUUUAUAGUACGUGAAAACGGAGAUCGUAUUGAUUUACGGUAUCAUCCUAAGGUUUCAGAUCUAACACUUCAGGUUGGUUACAUUGUUGAACGGCAUAUGUUAAAUGAUGACUUUGUGAUAUUCAAUCGUCAACCAACGUUGCAUAAAAUGUCCAUGAUGUGUCAUCGUGUUAAAGUCUUGCCCUGGUCUACGUUUCGUCUAAAUCUGUCUGUCACUUCGCCGUAUAAUGCUGAUUUUGACGGUGACGAAAUGAACUUACAUCUUCCACAAUCUGUUGAAACGAAAGCGGAAAUAAGUCAGCUAGCACGAGUUUCACGUUUAGUGAUUACACCGCAAGCUAAUAAACCUGUCAUGGGUAUUGUCCAGGAUACUCUAACCGCAGUAAAUAAAAUGACACAACGUGAUGUCUUUUUAAAUCGGUCUGAAAUGAUGAACUUGUUAAUGUACUUACCAACAUGGAAUGGUCGUAUGCCUAAACCAGCAAUUUACAAACCUCAACGUCUAUGGACUGGAAAGCAGUUAUUUAGCCUUGUUAUACCUGGUCGAGUUAAUUGUAUUCGUACGCAUAGUACUCAUCCAGAAGAAGAAGAUAUUGGUCCCUAUAAAUGGAUAUCUCCUGGUGAUACUAAAGUCAUUGUUGAUGAUGGAGACUUAAUCUCGGGUAUUUUGUGCAAAAAAACACUAGGUUCUGGUGCAGGUUCUUUAAUUCACAUCGUCGCAUUGGAGCAUCAUCAUGAUCAAGUUAACAUGUUCUUCAAUAACAUCCAGACGGUUGUUAACAAUUGGCUUCUUAUAGAAGGACAUACAAUCGGUAUUGCUGAUACAUUAUAUGACCAGGCAACUCGUCGGCAAAUUAGUGGUACAAUUACCAAAGCAAAAGACGCUGUAUUCGAAAUUAUCGAUCAGGCUCAUAAUUACGACCUACAACCAACACCAGGUAAUACACUUCGACAAACUUUUGAAAACAGCGUUAAUAAAAUUCUUAACGACGCUCGUGAUAAAACUGGUAGCUGCGCUCAGCGCUCUCUAUCUAAGUACAACAAUUUCAAUAUUAUGGUCGUCGCCGGUUCUAAAGGUUCUCGUAUUAAUAUUUCUCAAGUCAUCGCUUGUGUGGGUCAACAAAACGUUGAAGGUAAGAGAAUUCCCUUUGGUUUUCGUCAUCGUACGUUGCCACAUUUUAUUCAAGAUGAUUAUGGUCCCGAAUCUCGUGGCUUCGUCGAAAAUUCAUACCUUGCUGGUUUAACACCUACUGAAUUUUUUUUCCAUGCUAUGGGUGGUCGAGAAGGUUUGAUAGACACUGCAGUCAAAACUGCCGAGACUGGGUACAUUCAGCGUCGUCUAAUUAAAGCUAUGGAGUCAGUUAUGAUUAAAUACGAUGGGACCGUUAGAAAUCAAAUUAAUCAGUUAAUUCAACUCAGAUAUGGUGAAGAUGGGUUGGAUGCAACACAUGUGGAGUUUCAGCGUCUUCCAACAUUCAAACCAUCCAAUGCUGUUUUUGAGCAUGGUUUUCGAUUCGAUAUUGGUAACGAAAGAGUUCUGAGACGAUGUAUGCCCGAGGAUGUUGUCCGUAGUUUGGCUACAGAUUCCCAAACACAAUCAGAACUUGAGUCAGAAUGGCUUCAGUUGUGUUCUGAUAGAGAUAUUCUUCGUUCUGUUAUCAAAAAGACUGAUGAUUCUGUUGUUUUACCAUGCAAUAUUAAUCGACUAGUAAUGAAUGCUCAGAAAAUCUUUGAAAUAGAUCCGCUUUCAAAGACAAAUAUCCACCCCAGACAAGUCGUUGAAAUGGUUCGAGAAACUUGCAGGCGCCUAAUAGUUGUGGCAGGUGAUGACCGACUGAGCAAAGAGGCCAAUGCAAAUGCCACACUUUUGUUAAGCUCAUUGAUCAGAGCAUCGCUAUGUGCGAAGAAGGUAAUCAUUGACUACCGCCUCAGUUACGAGGCUUUAGAUUGGGUAUUAGGUGAAGUCCGUGCCCGUUUCCAACAAGCUCAUAUCCAUCCGGGUGAAAUGGUUGGAGCACUAGCAGCUCAAUCUCUCGGAGAACCAGCUACUCAAAUGACUUUGAAUACCUUCCACUACGCUGGUGUGUCUGCUAAAAACGUCACGCUUGGUGUUCCUCGUCUAAAGGAAAUAAUAAACGUAAGCAAGCGUCCUAAAACUCCAUCUAUGACAAUUUUCCUGACUGGUCAAGCUGCCAGAGAUGCUGAACGAACAAAAGAUGUUGUUGCACGGUUAGAGCAUACUACUUUGCGUAAACUGGUCAACAGCACGUAUAUAUAUUAUGACCCAGAUCCCCAAAAUACUGUAGUUGAAGAAGAUAGAGAAUGGGUAUCCACAUAUUACGAGUUACCAGAUUUUGAUGUUAGUGCAAUAAGCUCUUGGAUGCUUCGCAUUGAAUUCACUAGAAAAGGCAUGACUGGUAAAAAAUUAUCAAUGGAACAAAUCGCGGAUAAAAUAACUCGAGCUUUUGGCAAUGAUCUUAUAUGUCAUAUACCAGAUGAUAAUUUGAAGCUGGUUAUGAGAAUUCGCAUUAUGAAUAGUGAUUUAGAAAAAGACUUCAAAGAUGCUGAUACUACAUCUGAUAAAAUGGAAGACGAUACUUUUCUUCGUUUUAUUGAAGCCAAUUUAUUAACUGAUAUUACUCUUCAAGGAAUACCUCAGAUUACAAAAGUGUACAUGCAUCUACCCAAAACACAAGAUAAAAAACGUGUGGUCAUUAAAGAUGAUGGAAGUUUUGAUACCGUUGCAGAGUGGAUGUUAGAAACCGACGGCACUUGUCUGAUGAGAGUUCUUGCUGAACGAGAUGUGGAUCCUGUACGUACGGUUAGCAAUGAUAUUGUAGAAAUUUUCGAAGCUCUUGGCAUUGAGGCUGUUCGAAAAGCGAUAGAAUGUGAGAUGCAUCAUGUCAUUUCUUUUGAUGGCUCGUAUGUCAACUACCGUCAUCUGGCGUUAUUGUGUGACAUUAUGACUGUUAAAGGGCAUCUCAUGGCUAUUACUCGUCACGGACUUAACCGUUUAGAUACGGGAGCUUUGGCUCGUUGUAGUUUUGAAGAAACGGUCGACAUACUUAUGGAAGCUGCUAUCCAUUCUGAAUGUGAUCCGAUGGCUGGUGUCUCAGAAACUAUUAUGCUUGGUCAACUGGCUAGAAUUGGGACAGGUUGUUUUGAUUUACUUCUGGAUUCAGCCAAGUGUCAGGAAGCGCAACCUAUACCACUAGGCGGUGUCUUGGGAAUGGGUUUAUUCAAUGCACCAGGUUUCGAGGGUCUUGCUGCGCUUGCUUCACCGGGAUUGGGCUUGACAAUGAACGCAGACGGAAUACCUGUGCUUGGAGAUAGUGGUUAUCAUACACCAUGGGACAACGCCCACUCUCCUGUUGGGUCUGUGGAUUCUCCAAGUUAUCGUGGAGGCCUUGGAAGUGCUACAGCCCCACAUAAUGCUAUGUUCUCUCCAGCUAUGCGUUACGAUUCUUCUUUAUCUCCUGGUAGAAGUCCUCAGUUAGACAGUCCUCGUACUCCGGAAGCAUUUUCACCAGCUGCUUAUGUCGGUUUCAGUAGUCCUAUGUCUUUUAUGGGUACUCCACAAACUGAGUUGGGUUCACCUGGCUCUAGUCCUGGACAUUCUGGGAGUCUCAGUAGUGGUUCUUUUGGAUAUGGAGGUCCUGGAAGUCUUCGUGCGGAUAUAUUUUCACCCAUACACAAACCAUCCUACGCUGGCACAGGCAGCAGUUCAAGUUUCAGUGCUAGUGGGGACAGCAACUCACCGACGUUCUCAUUACAACAAUCCUAUGAACCGAUGUCUGUUGGAUACACUCAACGUUCACCACAUCAUCCUAGUUUUUCAGGAUAUGGAAUGAUAUCUAGUGGGUCACUGGGUCCGUCCAGUGAUUCUCCUGAUAGCAUAAAUUAUUCCUAUAGUCCAAAUAGUCCAAUGCCUACAGGUGGUGGUAGUUCUAUGAGUCGAGAUUUCAGCGGUUGGGGUGUUCUACCUGGCUCAGAAACUCCCGGAGUUUCCCCAAGUUCACCCUCACCUGGUAUGAGCGCAAGCAGCUUAAGUGGAAGCAGACCAUCGUUUUAUCCAAAUAGUCAACCUGCUUCACCGUUGUCAUUUAAUGCUUCUCCUUCUGCCCCUCGCUACAGCCCUCCAACGUUAGCCGGAAGUUCUUCAGUUGAAAGUUAUUCUCCACAGAUGACUACCCCUAGUUCUCCAGGUGGUGCUCCAAGUGGGACCUUAGGAGGACCAAGCAAUUCUCCGCUUUCUUAUCCAACUACUCCAAACUAUCCUAUGUCUCAUGGUUUAAGUACUGGAACGGGCUUGGGAUCUUCAAGUCUUUUGGGCUAUUCAGGUACUGGUUUCUCUGGGUCCACUCUUGGCACCUCAGCAUAUAGUCCGUCGACUUUCCAUACUCCUUCAUCACAUUACUUUAUGACCACUCCUCGACCAGGUUCACCCUCUCCCAGUCCACGAGAGUAUUAUCCUACUCCUGAUACACGGCGGUAA